UUUCCCUAGCGGAGUCUGCGCUGUUGGAGGAACGCCUUUGUGCGCCUGCGCGGCCGCGGAUCCGGCGGGCUGUUUGAAUUUGGGCUCUGGAAGCUGGCGUCUGGAUUUGGCGUUUCGGUCGUGGACCGGUGCGCGCUUGGUCCCCAGCCGUAGCGCAGGCUCUUCGCUCCAGACUCCCGCAAGGUCGCUGGCUCCGAAGCCGCCCGAAGAGGCAUCGCUUAGCAGGUUCGGGGAGCGGGCGACUCGGAGGGUUGGCCCCCGCCUUCCCCGUUCCAGCCUGCGCAAAAUCACGCUUAAAGGAUGGACUCAGAGCUAGAAGACUUAUGCUCUUAUGUUAAUGAGAAGAUUGGAAAUAUUAAGAAAAUUCUGUCGAUAAGAAAUCUUGGCCAGGACCCUGCCUUGAAGACCACCUUAAGUAAAAUAGGAGAUGAGAUCAUUGCAGUAAAUGAGCUUCUAAAUAAAUUUGAAUUGGAAAUUCAGUAUCAAGAACAAACUAACAGUUCACUCAAGGAGCUCUGUGAAUCUCUUAGAGAAGAGUGUGAAGAUGUGGAACAUCUCAAAGAACACGUCCCUCCCCAUCUGCCUCAAGUGACGGCGACCCAGAGCUUAGUUCACAAGCCAGAGCCGGAUCCUAAAGAGUCAGACAAAGCUGAGGAGCCUGGACUGCCGAAGAAGCCCCCCAGAGAGCAGAGGAUUAUCAAGGAAAUGCAAUUUAUAACUAUGGAUGAAUUCAGUGACGUUCCUGCGUACAUGAAAUCCCGUUUAACAUAUUGUCAAAUUAAUGAUAUUAUUAAGGAAAUUAACAAGGCAGUAGUUAGCAAAUAUAAGAUUAUGCAUCAACCAAAAGCAUCUAUGAGCUCUGUGAAGAGAAAUCUCUACCAGAGAUUUAUUAAUGAAGAAACGAAGGACACGAAAGGUCAUCACUUCAUCGUGGAAGCUGACAUAAAGGAAUUCACGGCUUUGAAAGUUGACAAGAGGUUUUAUGUGAUUAUGCACAUUUUGCGGCAUUGCCACAGACUGUCAGAGGUCCGAGGGGGAGGACUUACCCGAUACGUCAUCACCUGAGGCUUUUGAAGACUCGGGACUGAUUGGCAGCAGGGUAUCGAGGGGGGUCUUGAAAUUUCAUGUAUGUUUUUAGCUUCUCCAUUUCCUGGCCUUGUUUGUUACAGAAGUAAAACUUUGGAUAAAGCAUAUAUAUUUUCAAAACGUACUGCCUUUAGGAACGUGGGUGAAGCUGGAGCUCACAAGCACAGUAAGCCAGUUAGGAAGACUGACUCGUGUGGAACCUGUGUGUGUAUAGGAGUCGGGGGAUCAUGAGGCCAGGAGGAGGAUCUGGAGAAGUGCGGAGAAAAGAGGAACAGAGAAGGCAGUGGACCGCUGUGAUAGAGUAGGAGGAAAGACCGUCUGGGAACAGCCAGGGGAAGGGUGGCAAGCACUUGGGCAGGAGGUGGAUCAGGAUAAAGUGCGAUGCCACAAGAUAUAAAAAUGCAGUAACAGGACUCAUUUCUUUGUGUGCUAACAUAAAAAUUAAUUUUAAAAAUCCCUUCCUUUCAGCAAAUAUUCAGGCACUGCCCUGUCAAGCCUCUGCAUGAGUUGUAUAAUGGACAGCGUGUCUAGUUCUGUUAAGUGCAGAUACCAUGAGCAUAGUAUGAGGUCGGGAAAGAUGGUGAAUACCCAGGUCCUCUGUGGCGUAAAGUCUGAUUACUGUUUUUCCACGUGCCCAUAGAGAACAGCUUGCCUAAAAUGCAUUCAGUAUAAGCUGGAGGCUCUGAAGUACAUUGAGAUACUGUCACAUGUAUUACAUAUGAUAUGUAUUACAGCUUUACGUCUGGUUCCUUGUUCAGGGUUUCGAAAAAUCCUUGUAACGUCCUAAGUGGUAAGGGUGCGUCUUGUGUUGAACUCAGUUCUUGACUGUAGCUUUCAAACGCCUUUGAAACAUUUUUCUGAUCAGAACAUCUUUUGCUCAGAUUCUAGUGAGGUGAUUCUUGGGCGCCUUCAAGGCGGGCACUAGUUACCAAAAUACUAAGCCAUGACUAGGAAGUUGCAGUUUGGAGCCAUUCUCCUGCUCCCGGGGAGGGAGACACCCUUGUUGCACAUCCGGCCUCAGCAACUCAGUUACAGGGGGAGAUUUCUUGUCUCUAAAGCCAAAACCACUUGGUCAAAGCUGUCAAGUUCUGCUGCCUGAUGAGGCUAGAGAUGUUUGGUCAUGCCGACAGGCUUCGUCCUUUUUAAAAUUAAUUUAAAAAAAUCACUGCUCUGGGCCUCCAUGCAGGGACACCCCUGUCACACAUCUGGCCUCAGCAACUUAGUUGCAGAGAGAGAGAUUUCUUGACUCUAAAGCCAGAACCACAUGGCUAAAGCUGCCAAGUUCUGUUGCUUUCUGGGGCUGGAGUAUGGCCCUGUUGUUCAGUUAGAUCUUCACCAGCGGUCUGGUUUUGAUAGUUUCCUUCACUGCCUAAGCAUGGCUGUCUUGGAACUUGCUCUGUAGACCAGGCUGCUCUUGAACUCAGAGAUCUGCAUACCCCUGUCUUCUAAGUGCUGGAACUAAAGGCGUGUACCACCCACCACACCUGGACCUAAACUUUCCCUUAAUUCCUUUUCAUUUUACAUCGUUGUAAGCAUGGCCACUGUGCCUCACGAUAUGGAUUAAAGGUUCGUGUUCAUCCACA